AUGAUGUUUCUACUCAGAUUGUCCAUAUUCACAUUCUGCUCAAUCGCUUCCGCCUUCGACUUCGGAUCCAUUUCUUACACUAACCACUUUGGAAUUCUAGGUCAGAAUGCCACAUUUGACUACAUUGUCAUCGGCAGCGGCCCUGGUGGAAUGACCGUCGCUACCCGUCUCGCCGAAGCCAACUUCUCCGUCGCACUCGUCGAAGCAGGUGGAUUCUACGAGAAUGCCGUAGGGAACAGAACCGUCACACCGGGCUACUAUGCGGAGAAUUUGGGAAAUAUCGGCAAUAAUUGGAAUUUUCAAACGAAACCGCAACCACAGCUGUAUAAUCAAUCGGUGAGAUAUGAUCGAGGCCGAACUCUGGGAGGUACGAGUGCGUUGAAUGCCAUGUUGUAUCAGCGACCGACUCGGGGUAGUCAUGAACGAUGGGCGCAGACGGUGAAUGAUAGUAGUUAUGGUUGGGAUGCGUUUUUGCCAUACUAUCAACGCAGUGUGAAUUAUACGGCUCCGAAUGCUGCUGUUCGUGCGGCGAAUGCAUCGGUUCCGGAGCCGGGCGCGGGUGCGUACAGUCCUCUGGGAGGACCGGUGAAAGUCACUCACUCGAAUUGGGCGACGCCAUUCGCUUCGUGGGGACAGUCGGCUUUGCGGGAACUGGGUUUACCGGAGAUUCGCGAUUUCGAUACGGGGGAACUGAUUGGACAUCAGUACUGUCCGUUGACGAUCAAUCCGGAUGAUCAGACUCGUGGGAGUAGCGAGGCGACCAUAUUGAGGCAAUAUCUGGGUAAUGGGAGGUCGAACUUGCAGGUGUACGCCCACACCAUGGCGAAGAGGGUGACGUUUGAUGGGAACAAGACGGCGACGGGCGUGGAGGUCGAAAGUUAUGGCCAGCCAUACAGCUUGACUGCCACCAAAGAGGUCAUCGUUGCUGCCGGUGCAUUUCAGAGUCCUCAACUCUUGAUGGUUUCGGGUAUUGGUCCCGCUGCUGAGUUGGAAGAACACAACAUCAGUACACUAUCCGCCCUCGAAGGCGUGGGCAAGAAUAUGCAGGAUCACAUUCUCAUCGGCGUGUACUAUCGCGUGCAAACGCUGACCACAAACGACCUCCAAAACGCGACAAUCGCACGCCAUUAUGAGGAGCUGUAUCGCAAAAACGCCACCGGAAUUCUCGCCAGCCAAAAUGCAGACUAUCUAGGAUGGGAUAAGCUCCCAAGCGAGUACCGCAACAACGUGACUGCGAACGUUCGAGAGGCUCUCGACAAAUAUCCUACAGACUGGCCGGAUUUCGAAUAUGUCGUUGGCAGCACGAAGAAUGGUUUCAUUCAAACCGCGCUGAUAGCUCCUCAAUCCACGGGGAACAUCACGAUAUCUUCCAGCAAUACGGCGGAUCCUCCCAUCAUCGAUGUGGGUUGGCUGACCAAUUCGAUUGAUGUCGAAAUGGCCAUUGCAGCGGUUCGACGCGGUCGCGAAUUCUUUGCUACGCAAGCUAUCCAGCCUGUACUUGCUGGAGAAGAGUUGAAGCCGGGAAAUAAUGUGACGACUGAUGCGGAAUUGGAGGAGUAUGUUCGGAAGAGCGUUUCGACAGUUUAUCAUGCUUCUUGCACUUGUGCAAUGGGUCCACGUGAGAAUAGCAUGGCAGUCAUUGACUCCAAAGCUCGUGUCUAUGGCGUACAAGGUUUGAGGGUGGUAGAUGCAUCGUCUUUUCCAUUCUUGACUCCUGGACACCCGCAAUCGGUCAUCUACGCGUUGGGCGAGAAGAUCGCGGAUGAUUGGCAGCUUGCUGCCAUCUAUACACGGGCUACCUAUAGACAGCAAAAAGAAUAA